CAUGGCCGGGCCUGAGGCCGCGGGUGCCGCCGCCGCCGCUGAGGGGAGCGAAACCGGGAAUGGCGGCGGCGAUGGCUACGAUGGGAAGUGCGUGUUCUGCAGGAUCGCCCGCCGAGAGGAGCCGGGCACGGCGCUGCUCCCCUGCGAGGAUGAAGACCUUGUUUGCUUUAGAGAUAUAAAACCUGGUGCCCCCCACCACUACCUGGUGGUGCCCGUGAAGCACAUGGGAAACUGCAAAACACUGAAGACAGAGCACAUACCUCUAGUGAAGAGAAUGAUGGAAGUGGGAAAAGCUGUUCUCCAGAAGAAUAAUUUUAGUGACUUGAAUGAUGUAAGAAUGGGUUUUCACUGGCCACCGUUCUGCUCCAUAGCCCACUUGCAUCUGCACGUCCUGGCCCCAGCCAGCCAGCUGGGCUUCUUAUCCAGGAUCUACUACAGACUCAAUUCCUACUGGUUUAUCACGGCUGAACAACUGAUCGAGAGACUGCAGACUGAAAAUGCUGCCAGCUGAAAGCUUGUGUUGUCAGCCACUUUGGUCUUUGAGCUCUGAUUUAAGGUUGCACAGUUUGAUGUUGCCAAUAAUAUCCCAGGAUAAAAAAAGCUUUAGUUCCUUAUGAG